CAUAAGUUAAUCAAGGGUGUAUGUUUUCUCCUUUAUAUUAUAUUUAUUAGUAUUUCAGAAAUUAGUAUAAACAAUUGAUCGCUGGCUUAAACAGUUAAAUUGAAUAUUAUAGAAUCUCAUAGAAUAGAAAUACUAUUUCUUUACAAAAGAUAUUCUUUCUUAAUACGAAAUUUUUAUACAAGAUCAUUGAUUGAUAUAAUUUCAACGUUUUUAAUUUUCGAUAUCCUUUUUAUUUUAUUUUAUAUUUAUUGAGUUCAAUCACAUCAUCACUAGAAACGUAGUCAUAUUUAGUGGGUUAAUUCAAUUCAGUAUUUUUGCUAUUCAGGACAUAAAGUCACUGGAAUAUUUAUGCUUUACUAGUUACAUAUGUUAUGUUAAGUUAUUACUCAACUUCUAGAUGGAAGAAUCAUCUCAAUGAAUAAAACAAUAUUCUUCUAUUUACAUUCGAAGAAUUAGGUAAUAUGAAUAUCAAUUUUUUAAAUUGAAAUGUUAAAGAAUAUUAAUAUUUUACAAUCCUCUUAAAUUUUUAAAUUGGUAAUUUACUAUUGUUUACUAGCUAUUCUCUGUUCAAUUUUCUUACAACAACACGAGAAGAUAUAAGGAAAAGGGUCAGGUACGUUCACUCAUUCAUAAAAGCAAAUAACUUCGUAAUCGUGAUUUCUAUAAAUUAUAGUAAUUUAUUGAAUUACAGUAAUCAUCCAUGAAACGAACGCACGAUUUAAUAACUGGGUCAAUGAAAGAAAAUGUAAAUACAUAAUAUAAUUUAUCAUUAAAUAAUUGCAAGUUAUCGGGAAUAAUCUUAUAUUAUGUAUGUAACCUAUAAAUUGUGUAUUAACAAUCUUGCUGUCGAACUUGAAUAAAUAGUUCAUAGAUAGUAUUCGGUGUUGCGUUUCAUCAAAAGCAGCUUUUUCUGUCACCCAACACGCGAUCCAGCCUACACAAUGUCCCACGCUAGAAUUACUUUCGAACUCGUGUUAGAAGGUGAAAUCGAAUCGUGUCGAAUCGAAUUUCGAAGAGCUUCCGCGGAAUCGACAAACCGUAACGAAAUCGUUAGUUUUUCCCUUUGUGAGUUUGCGUGCAUGGCAAUAAUUUAUGGAAAUGCGAGAAUCAUGAUCGUAAAUUUUAUAUCAAAGAAAUGCAGCAAUAUGUAGUAUUCUCACGCGAAUUUCGAUCCAAAAAAGGACUAAAAAGAAAGUUACAUACAUAUUAAGGAUGUUGUUUUAAUCAAAUAGUUGAAUUAUUAUACAAUUUUUAUUUAUUUUAUGAAUAUAAAAGGAACAAAGUUGUGUUGAUUCUGCAGUCUAUGUACAUAUAGUAUAGAGGUUAUCAUAAAAUUUCUGUCAAUGGUGUGACAACAUAAGAAGAAAUUGAUCCGUUCGCAAUUUUAUUUGAGGAGAUGUCAGACGGUAGUCCUGGCAGACGCACGUUCGAUAACCCUACAAGGUACCGUUGGCUAAACCGGAAGUGGAGAACACGGGUAUACGGUGCCACGAAAUUGCUCGGGACCUUCGCCACGGAACGAGAACCAGCAGGACCAUCGAGCUGAUCGCUCUUAUCGCGAUUUCCAGCACCCUUUUCCUCUUUUUGCACACAAGAGAGCUGCACUCGCGUCUACGAAAAAUGGAAGUUCGCCUUCAACCUGGCGAAGACGAGAUCCUGUCGGCAAAUCAACUCUCAUCCGAAGGAGUGCAAACUGAUUCUAGUCCGAGUGGAAUCGUCCAUUACCCAAACAGACAUCGUAUCUUCGCAAUAAAGUACAAAGACACUGAAGUGUUGGACAUUGACGCACUCAACAACACAAAAAGAGCGGACCGGAGCGUCCUGUUCUUCAAUCGUGUACCGAAAGUGGGCUCUCAAACCUUCAUGGAACUCUUGAGAAGGCUGUCCAUGAGGAAUGGCUUUUCCUUCAACAGAGAUCGUGUGCAAAGAGUCGAAACAAUUCGUCUUGCGCCUAUCGAACAGCUACAACUCGCCAGGAUGGUCAGCAGCUAUUCAGAACCAUCUGUCUAUAUAAAACACGUGUGUUUUACAAACUUCACAGAAUUCAACCUGCCACAGCCAAUUUACAUCAACAUAGUCCGGGAUCCUGUUGAAAGAGUGAUAUCCUGGUACUAUUACGUGCGAGCACCUUGGUAUUACGUCGAGAGAAAGCAAAUAUUUCCAGACCUACCACUGCCGGAUCCAAACUGGCUGAAGAAGGACUUCGAGUCCUGUGUACUUAAGGCGGACCGUGAAUGUAGAUACCUCGAGGGUGAAAUUCACGAGGGAAUCGGCGAUCAUCGCAGGCAAACGCUUUUCUUCUGCGGUCACAGCGAGAAAUGCACCCCGUUCAACACAGUGGGCGCACUGGAACGAGCGAAGAUGGCAGUGGAGAAACACUAUGCGGUUGUCGGAGUGCUCGAGGACGUAAAUACCACUCUCACGGUAUUGGAAAAUUAUAUACCCCGAUUUUUCCGAGGCGCCACCGACGUCUACUACGACGAGGUGAACGCAUUCACGAGGAUCAAUCGAAACUUCUUCAAGCCACCAGUCAGCGAAGAAGUAAAGGACAUAGUACGAAGCAAUUUCACCAGGGAAAUCGAAUUCUAUCAGUUCUGCAAGCAACGACUAUACAAACAGCUGAGGGCAUUGAAGUUGACCAAAACCACGCCUCUGUACGAAAGCAAUAGCUUGUAACUAUUUGCAAUGUGUUUAUUCGAUCCGUGAAAGUAUCGAGUAACUCGUCGAAUUUUCUUUUAACUAUGUGAGAAUUUUCCUUCGAGGAAGUCGGUAAAGAGCGAAGUAUCGAGGACAUCGGGAACGUUUGAUCAUUUGUCGAAUUUUCAUUUGAUAAUGGAGAAUAGAAUCGAAGAAUUCUUACGGAUGUCGAAAGUAUGUAAUUCGUGGGAAAGGUUGGAGAAUGUUGAAAAUGAUAAAUAAUUUGUGAAAAAGAUUGAGAGCGUUAAGAAUGAUAAACGAUUCGUCGAGAUGGUUUAGGAAGUUAAAAAUGAUAAAUAACUUGUAGAAAAUGAUCGAGAACAUUGAAAACGAGAAAUAAUUUGGUCGAAUUAUCGUUUGACAGACAUCGAUGCAGGAAGAAUCUCAAAGAUGUUCGAGUUGGCCUCGAAAUUUUGGUGAUGUUAGCGACAAACGUACGUCGAGUAAUAAGCGAUAACGAUUAAACGCAGAUGUAGAUGUUUGUGAGGGAAGCCACUUGCGCAUGGAAGCGACGUUAAAAGAGAAAUCGAAGGAAAAAGAGAAAUUAGAAUCAUUGCCUUUAAGAGAGGAUCGUGGCAGAUUCUCUUGAUUUAAUAUCUUUAAAUAUAUUAAUAAAUCGAUCAGCGUGAUGGAUCGUAACGAACGAUUGUUCCAGUAAGCAAUAUCUUAUGUGAUUCACGGCAGUGAGUGCUUUCAAUUCAGGACGCUUCGAUCGAGUGCCUAUUUUUUUAUUUUGUGAUCGUUUUCCCUGUAUAAUCGCGUAGCUUAAGAUGAACGGCGAUAUAAUCGCUGAACUUAAUUAUACGAACGAGAGCAAGUACUUACGAGACGAGGCAUUAAGAAAUAUUUAUUUAAAUAUUUAAAUAUUUAAAUAAUUGAUGGGAUGUUAUCGGUUAUUGCGUAAAGAAAGAGAUGCAACGAGUGUUUCUGAACGCGCGACAUCUUGACGCUAUUUAGAUCGCUUCUUUCGUUGAUAAUCCAUUGAAGAACGUUGUAAAGACUGAUGAGAAAGACAGAGAGAGAGAGAGAGAGAGAGAGAGAGAGAGAUUGCUUUUUAUCAAAGGAUACUUAAUUAUUUGCAACGACAGAAGCACACAGGGUAACCAUUAGGGUAUUGCUUUCCAGACGACAUAGCCGUUUUUUAAUGUCGACUUAAGCCGUUUUUUAAUGUCCACUGUUUUCCUUCCUUUUUUUCGUAAUAAACAGCUGCCAUUUUCGAACAA